CAGUGCCAAGUCGACGAUACUUUAUUUGAUAUAUAUGCAUGUACAAGAGGGGGCUACUGGGGGGCGAUGCUAUUGAAAUUCUGGGGCGGGGGGCCUGCCAUGUGCCACUUGGACGCGGGGUUGAUCUCUUGCUGGGCUUGCCGCCCAGUCUGGCUGAUCUGAACCAUCUUGGCUGUGCUUUUGGCCUUGCGCAGCGUUUCCUUGCGCUUGCGCAUCUUGUACGCGCGGACGUACCAGACAGCGCCGAACACGAGCACAGCCGCGACCAGCCCGAUCGUGAUAGCCUGGGGAAACGUGCACUGGCACACGGACGCGGUCGUGUCGUAGCUGCACGCGAACGCCCCUGAGCACGAGCACAUGGUGCCGGUGCAUGCGACGACGUCGGCGUCGACGCCCCCAAGCACCACGAGGACCAACAAAACCAGCCAAGACGACCCGUUCCACAACGAACGCGCUGGUGGUGUCGGCAUCGACGUUAGGUGGUCACGACUACCAGCUUGAAGCCGUUGCUCGGUUGUAUUUAUAGCCCAAGGCCAACUACUUAGUAUGUGUUGGGUGUCUC